AUGCCCUUCUUUGCUUUCUUACGAUGCGGGGGUCACUCUUCUUCAGGCCGCCGCCAACGCCGGGGAGAGUCGGCCUUCGAUGCUCGCUCGUCGUGCAGUUCGGCAGUUCCCUUCAGAAGUAAUGACUGUCCUUCAGCUGCUCGCUGCUCGGAGAAGGGCACUGGAUUUUUGGGUGUCCCUGCCUUGAGCUUCUUUGGCUCCAAGGAGUCGCCGGCUCCAGCAAGCGACGACUCGAACGCAGUGGACAUGCGGAGCAAAGCGCUACAAGCUGCAGUGGCGAGGGAGAAUGAGGAGGUUCCAGAGCCUGCAAAGAAACCACAGCUCACACAGCCAAUCCCAUUCGAGCAGUUUUCUCGGGAGUGGAUGAACAUCUCCGGUCAAGAUACAUUCGAUGGGUUUCGUCUGGAAGGUGCAAAACAGGUAAACAAGUACCUUCAGACAUGCCAUAGCUUCUGCCUUGGCACGCAUUUACGCGAAUCUGGAUACUCAUAUCAGUUCGGCCCGACUUUGGCGAUCUCAGCUCCACCAGAUCCAAGCCAAGGAGAAAAUGCGCAGCCUCCCCCCCCUCAUUUCUUUGCAAUGGCAAAGCUCGGUACAGACGGAUCGCUUCAAGGCAGGCUCAUUAAGACCCUAUGCCAGAGCGCCGAUCUCAAGUUGAACUUUAAUUCCUCGCUGAAAGACGAGCAGCGAAAUUUUUAUGAAAUUUCUCUCGAUAACACAGGCCGUGACUGGGCCUCUUCCUUGAAGCUGGCUUGGCAGUCCUGCUGGAUAUUGGACGGAAUGUUUUCACAAGUGUUGACCCCCAAACUGCAGGCCGGCUGCGAGAUAACUUAUGGUGCAAAUGGAGCCUCGAUGCUGGCUGUCGGGAGUCGCUACAACCUGGACAAGCAAUCCGUUGUUUCAUGCCAGCUGAGUCAGCAGCCCGAUUUUAAAUCUCCUGCGGGUCUAACGAAGCUUACCCACAGUUGCAAAGUGCAAUAUACUAGAAAGGUUACUGAUCGGCUUUCUAUGGCAACCGAGUUCGAGUAUAGCCAUCCGGAAACUGAAUCUGCUCUAAGACUGGGGUGGGAAUAUCUGUUUCGGCAGGCCCGAGUGCAGGGGCUUAUAGACACUUGUGGGCGCAUUUCUGUCUUCGCACAAGACUAUAACGGAUUCGGCGUCAGCGGCCUGAUAGACUACUGGCGGGGCACCUACAAAUUCGGUUUCCUGAUGCACGUCGUACCGCCGCCAGAUGCGGCACCACCGCAGCCAAGCUAG